GGAUAUCGUCUUGGAAAGCCACUGCGAUCAACCGGUGUAUCGAGAAGAGAAUUCAUUGCGACUCUUUAAGAUGGUAAUUGAGAAGCGAGGAGGGGCAGCAAACUAUAUGCUUUUUCAGCUCUCAACGUUUCCCCCACCCUGUCGUGAGGCCGGCGAAUAAGCAGCGCCCAAUGGAUCAGCUGAAGCCCAAGAGAGCCUGAUUUGUUUUCUUGUUACAGGCUGCGCUCACCAGUCUUGAGGCGUCUCUUCCCUUUUCCUAAACCUACAAUACAAUCAUCUGUAAAAAUGGAGGUGGAGCGGUUUCAGACGCACACUCGCAGCAUCACGGGCAACCAGCUUGGCGAUUAUGUGACCAUCCACCAAGGCGACGUGCAUUACUAUCACGCAGCGGCGCCUUCACAGCCCCGGACGCCAAUCCAGUCCAUCCCGUAUCUCCGGAACAAAGAAUUCGUGAAUCGACCAGGCGUCGUCGACAAGCUCCAAGAUCUCUUGGUGCAUGAUUCCGAGUCUUUCAACGAUGCCGUCCUCUGGGGGCUGGGCGGGUCUGGAAAGACUCAGAUUGCGAUCGAGUACGCUUACCGCCGAUGUGAAAAUCCCCAGUGCUCGGUGUUUUGGGUGCACGCAGAUACCAGAGCCGCAUUUAUACACGGCUACAGGCAGAUUGCGGAACUGUUUGGGCUGCAAGGAAUCCUCGACGGCCAGGAAUUGGACUUGCUCAGGGCCGUCAGCAACAGGAUCCAGUCCGAACCCCAGUGGCUUCUUGUGCUCGAUAACGCCGAUGAUCUCUCUCUAUUUGGCGUUGGGGGGAUUCAAGAGGGAUCGACCAAUCUCUUUGACUUUGUCCCAAAGACAACAGCCGUGGGAACUACGGGAAGUGUCCUGUGGACGAGUCGCGACGGACAGGUUGCCGGCUCGCUGGUGCGGCCAUUACGCAAGGCAGUCCAAAUCCCGCAUAUGACAUCCAUGGAAGCGAGAGAGCUGCUUGCCAUGGCGCGGGGCAGAGAUUUUGAAGAUGGUAGCAACGACGAUAUCAAGGAUGAAGAUCAAGAUACCGAGAAGCUCCUUGAAGAGCUCCAGUGGCUUCCCCUUGGAAUCUCGCAGGCCGGAGCUUACAUGAGAAGGACGGAGACGACUGUCCGAGAGUAUCUGGCUCUGCUGUCCAAUAAUGAGGAACGAUGGCCGCUCCUGAAGAACGAGCAGGUCGACAUCUAUCGAGAGACCAGCGUCUCUAACAGCGUUCUCAAGAUCUGGAGCAUUUCAGUUGCUCGCGUCGAGCAAGAGAACUUUCUAGCUUCGGAGCUGCUUCGCGUAAUGGCAUAUUUUGACAAUCGAGAUAUCCCUUACGACAUGGUUGAGGAUGCCGCCCGAUACGUCAGCACCUCCAAACUGAGGAGCGUAGACGUGAAAAGAGCCAUCGUCCGGCUCAAGGAGUUUUCCUUCAUCAAGCUUCGCGAGGGAGAAAAUGGCGGCCAGAGUUACGAGAUGCACAAACUAGUCCAAGAAGCCACCCAGUACGCUGUUUCUGCGGGGCAGCAGAUGGAUCAGGAUGAUUGUUCAAAACGGAGCACUACCAACUUCGCCAGGAUCGCUAUCCAGGUUGUUGAUAACCUAUUUCCGGAUCCACAAAAGGAACAUGCAAUGCAUGGGGGAAUAGGAAUGAUGGAAGAAGCCGAAAAAGUUCCAGAUUUACUGAAGCGCUGCGAGAAAUACUUUGCUCAUGUGGUCAAAGUUGCAGACUGGACCGAGAUAUCCAACGAGGAGAAGACGCUGUGUGUUCUUCUCAGCCGAGUGUCACGUUACUUGAACUCUCUGAGGAGAUGGAAAGAUAAGGAGUUGGUGGAUAUUCGAAUCUUGGCCCUUCGUUCGCGUCUCUUCGGCCCCGAUCAUGUCGAUACAAUACGCAGCGAGAAAAUGAUGUCGAAAAAUUACUACAAACAAAAUCGGUUCUCAGAAGCUUUAGAAAUCGAGAAGAGGGUGUUCACGAAGCUCAAAAGCGCUCUUGGUGAGCGCAACUGGUACACUGUGGAAUCAAUGCAUAACAUGGCCAAUAUCAUGUGUAGACUCAGUCAAUUCGAAGAAGCCGAAAAGAUGCAAGUAGAUGCAAUAGAGCUUCUUGGUAAUGUAAUGGACGGGCGUGCCGGGAUGCUCAUGGUCGACUGCCUGCAUUGUCUUGCGCGUGCAUACUAUGGCCAGCAGAAAUUCGACAAGGUCGAGGAAGCCUGCGUCAGGUCUCUACAGUACUGUCGAGACAACCUCGGAGGAGUCAGCUGCCACUGGUAUGUCUCGGCGGCGACACGUACACUCCAAUUCAGGGGCCAAGCCCUGGUCAUACAAGGCUACCUCCGACCUCAAGCAACUACCAUGAUGGAGGGCAUAGCGGAGGAAAUCUGCAAGAGAAUCCAGAGACAGACGCACCUUCACGAGGUGCCUCGCACGGAAUUGCUGGUGAGCAUGAAGGCCGCGGUGUACAAGUACGCGGAGGUCAUAGAUAUGCAAGAGAGGGUGGUGGAGUUUUAUCGCAAGACGUUUGGUGAAAACUAUCACCUCACAAUGGCGGCAAUGCGGCUUCUUGCGAGACUUCUUCACAACCUGUGUCGAUAUGACGAGGCCGCACCCAUUCAAAUCAAAGUCGUCAAGUUCUUCCGGGACGCGGUUGGGGAGGAGCACCCCCUGACGCUGGACAACAUGGUAGGUCUCGCGACGAUAUACCGUGGCCAAGGCCGCUUCAGCGAGUCAGAGGAUAUCGAGAAGAAAGUGCGGCUUCUCUAUUCAAAGAUGCUGGGUAGGUCUUUUGCGCUGCGCUUUCUUCCUGGUAACAGCAACUUCCCUCCAAAGGCUCUUGUCGAUGCAGAUAAUGAAGUUGGGAAGAUGCAAUUAGAGUAUUACGAGUGUCUACUGCAUCCAACACAUGCUUCAAAGUCUUUGCCAGCUACAGCCGCUAGAAAGCCCUGGAUGGGCCAAUUGAUAACCAAGUCGACGAUGAGCAGCAAAUAUCGGUUAUUAUAUAUAUUUAGUUUCUCUUUUUCUUUCAUUGCUCUUGUCCUGUCAUGUGGGUUUUAUUUUGGAGUUGCAUAGAAUAUGGCUUGUGUUUAGUGCUAAGACGAGAGAGAAAUGAGAGAGAACAGGAACAAGAGAAGAAUAAACCAUAUAGUAGUAAUAUAUAUUGAAGAUGAAUUAAGUAAGGUAGUUGACCAGUAUUUCCUCUCAU